CAAUGCAAACUUGGCAGUAUAUUUAUUAAACUGGUGCUUUGCUAUAUAAAAAAGUUAGUGAAAAGAAGUGCAACGUUCAUUCAGCAAAUCAUGGCUUCAACAAAAUUGAAAGUACUUUUUCUAACAAUUCUGAUUAGUUGCGAUGCCCAAGAGCAACUGAUUCACGUCAAACCCGACAGCUGCCCACAAAAGUGCUCCUGUUCCUACCAGUUCCCCGACUGUCAGACUUUGUCUGAGUACGCACUCAAUACAAGUAGUGACCUCCCUUCCAAGUUUAUACUAACUCCUGGUCAAUACUAUCUCGAUUCAAACUUUUCAAGAAAUGGCACCAGUACUGAGAGCUUCUCUCUAAACGGAACUGAAAAUACCACCAUCUACUGUCGACAAAAUGCCACUUUAUCGGUCGAUAGUUUGACAAGCGUAACUAUUCAGAAUGUGGCCUUUGUUUCGUGCGGUGAAGGUGAUUUGCCUGGUAUUAGCUUGACCAACAUCAACACAGUGAAGAUGAUGGACAUCAGUGUAGCUAACACCACCUCUGGUGCUCUCUACAUUAAAGACAGCUCAAAUGUUGAGCUCACUAACCUUGCGAUUACCAAUAACAAAAACUCACUUGCUACCAUCGUCAGCAUACGAAACUCAGGAAAUACCUCAUUAAAUGACCUCAAGAUCUUAAACAACAGUAUUGGAGAAUAUGAUUCUGAGUGUGUCUACAGCAGCUUCCCUAAUGCAGACGAGGUGGUAUUUCGAAUCGAUGGUGGUAUAUUGACAGCUGGGAGUAUUUAUGUGAUUGAUAAUGUUGGACCGUUUGGUGUAAUGGCCUUGAGUAAUGUUGAGGCAGUUGUGAAUGGAGACUGGUCAUUUGAACAAAAUUGUGCUUGUCUAGGUGGUUCAUUAUUCUUGAGUGAGGUCAUCAUGAGAUUAACUGGAACUUUAUUAUCAAGUGAAAACAAGGGUAUCAGUGACAAAUACAAAACCACUGCUGGACUAUAUUUCAGUAACAGUCAAGUAAAUAUAAAUGGGGCACUUGAGUCUGUUACAAACGAAGGUUACAUCACAUCUAUUCAAUUUGUAAGCUCUAAUAUAUUUUUAAUGGAGGGAGCAUCUCUACUUCUGAAUGGUAAUCACAAUGGACUUCAAGCGAUGUCACUGGCAGAAGGAUCAUCAAAGCUGGUGAUUCAAAACGGAACACUAAAAGUUUGUGAUAACAAACUUCGUAUAGCUGUUAUUAUGCUGGAUACAUCUGAAAUGGUAGUCAAUGGUAAUAUCGUGUUUAUCAACAAUUCAAUAUCUCCUAUUAUUGGUUUCGUUGCUAAAAUUCAUUUGUAUGGUCAAAUCGAGUUUUCCAUGAAUGCAGGAGUUCUGUAUACUCUAAGGUCUGAUCUGGAUAUAAACGGCAACUCAACUUUUUAUCGUAACAAUGUUGAUGAUGGCUUCAAAGAUGGUGCUCUUGCUCUUCAACUUGGCACCUUAAAAUUGGGUGGAAAUUAUACAUUUCUUGAAAACAGGUAUGAAAAUGCGGAUGGUGGUGCAAUAUUUGCAAUACUCGAAUCAGUUGUUACGUUUAGCGGAAUCGGAAAAUUUGAAAACAACUCAGCAAAGAGUGGAGGUGCAAUUUUCCUUGAUCAAAGGUCUCGGCUUGAACUUGACAAAGAAACUGAACUCUAUUUUGUGAGCAAUUCUGCAGUAAGAGGUGGUGCCAUUUUCAUUGGGACAUCUGUCGACCAUGUUCAGUGUGUUAAUGAUCCGAACAAGUGUUUGUUUCAUCCUAUCAACCCUGGAAAUCUUAACGCUUCUCUCACAUUUCAACAAAACCAAGCAUACCCUGGGGGCAGUGUCAUACAUGUCAACUUUGAUAUCGUAGAUAAUUCAGAGAUCACGUAUCCAGCUUUGGAGGACUUGGAAGAAACACUCAAAAUAGCUUCAGGAAAUUCAGUACCUACUCUUGCGUCUGAUAGCUAUUGGUUUUGUUUCUGUGAAAGCGAUUCACGGAAAAGUUGUGCAAGAAACGAUCCUCCAAUAGACAUAUCAGCAAUCAAGGGAAAACCGUUUUCUGUGAUGGUGAGAGCACUCAAGUUUUAUGGGAAUAUUAAUAUGUCAGAACCAGUUCGAAGUAAUUUGCGGUCUGCUUUAUUAUCGAUUGACACUGAUGACAAUACGACGUCUUCUCUAACUACAGACGGGAAGCUUCAAAGAGUUAGUGCUAAAGAGUGUAAUGAAGUAAGCUUCACUGUGAAAUCCAAGGCAGACAUGGAAGUUCUGAUAUUGAAUGUGGGCGAGUCAUUUCUGGAUGGCGAGAAAGCACUUGAACUAAAUGUACUCUUUGAGUCAUGCCCGAAUGGUUUUCCACUUGACGAAGAUAAUGCCAGCUGUGUCUGUGACAAGCAAAUCAGUAACUUUCUACAAAGCUGUGAGAUAACGGAUGACAACUUUCAGAAGAAAAUCGAAUUUCAAAACUAUUGGAUGGCACCAGCAAAUCAAUCUAAAUAUCAAGGAGCAAUGACUUGGUAUGAAAGCUGCCCUUACAGAUACUGUAUUACAGAGGGAAACUUCACUUUUUCAAAUGAUGGUAUUUGUGAAAACAAUAGGUCUGGUGUACUGUGUGGAAGCUGCAAAAGAAACACUAGUUUAAUGCUUGGUGGAGAUGUUUGUAGGGACUGUUCAGAUAAUGCAUACUUGGCACUAUUGGUUGUUUUUGCAGUGGCUGGAAUACUAGUAGUUGCCCUGGUCUUUCUAACGCAAAUCACAGUGACUACAGGAACUAUAAAUGGACUCAUCUUCUACGCCAACAUUUUAAACAGCAAUCAGGCUGUGUUCUUCCCAGUGGGAUUCUUCCGUGGCUAUAUCAUCUUCAUAUCAUGGCUGAACCUCGAUUUCGGAAUCGAAACAUGUUUCUAUGAAGGCAUGAAUCAGAUUGCAUACAGUGGACUACAGUUCGUAUUCCCAGUCUACAUCUGGAUACUAGCAGGCCUGAUUGUUGUUCUAUGCCGAUACUCUGUACGGGUAUCGAAGUUUUUCAGUACCAGCGACCCUGUAGCUGUUCUUGCUACCAUAAUCUUGUUGUCUUUCAACUCACUAGCCCAAAAUAUCAUCAAUAUUUUCUACAAUUCAUCCAUCAAUAACCCAGGGAACAACAGAUCAAGAGUGUGGAGAUAUGAUGGAAAUGUUGAUUAUGCCUCUGAGGAUCAUUUGACUCUUAUCAUAGUCGCAUCAGUGUUUCUCCUAUUUCUACUGACACCAUACAUAUUAGUACUUUUUUCAGCCCAAAUUUUACAAAAAAGCGAAUUCAUCUCGAAAAUCCUUCAUCGAUUGAGAGUUCAGCCUUUCAUACACGCAUACUUGAUCCCUUUCAAACCCAACCAUCGCUACUGGGUAGGACUUAGUAUCAUGAUGAGAGUCGUGCUACUAACUAUAUUUGCAUUUGGAGAAAACCAGCAUAUAAACCUUCUUGCUAUCAUUACCACUUGUAUUGUUGCUAUAACUAUGUUCAAGGUGACUGGAGGAAUAUAUGACAGGAGUUGGAUUGACACACUAGAGAUAUCCUUCUUGGUGAACCUAGGUGUGCUUGCAGCAGCUACCUCAUAUUCUCUGAAUUUUUCGAUCAACUCUCAUAGAGAAAUCGCUACUUUUAUAUCGAUUUCGAUAGCACUGCUAACUUUUAUUGGGAUUAUAAUUGUACAUAUUUACUGGCGACUCAAGAAGCUGCCAGCAUUGAAGGAUAAAGUCUAUAUAAAGCUAACAAUUAACAAGCCGACUAAAAUGGAGAGUAAGAAAGUUACUCAAAGUGUAAUUAAAAUGAGAGCAGUGUACCAGCCUGCUCUAAGAGAGUCAUUACUGGAAAGCUGAGCAAAUUAAUACGUUAAAACUCCUAUUUUGUUAUUAUACUGCCUGUUUGUUGUUUGAAAGCCAUCUGUUAUUAUACUGCCUGUUUUUGCUGAAGUUGAGUGUUAUUAGUGUACCAGGUAUCAGUCCCCAAUAACAUGCACAUCUUGAUGAAACAUUAUUACCUAUAUACUCACUAUACAUGAGUGCAAGCAGUGCAUGCCGAUGUUCCUAAUAAUUUACUGAG